AUGCAUUCUCCCAUUACGUUUCUUUUCACUUUCUUAAUUGUGCUGGCUACUAUUACCGCCCGUGCUGGUGAGGAUACCAAUACAUAUAAGGAUGGUGAACCGGUACGAGUAUAUGCCAAUAAAAUAGGACCUUUGCAUAACGCCCUUGAAACAUAUGAUUUCUUCCGCACACCCGGUUGUCCUCCUGCGAGUAAUGAACAGAAGGCACCAACACUUGGACAGGCACUUGUUGGUGAUGAAUUAUAUGAACUUAAUGUCUCUAUUCACUACAAUCAAGAUGUGAAGCGUGCUGUCAUUUGUAGCUUCACACCAACGGAGGGAGAUAUAACGCGAUGGAAAGAGAUGAUUACCGGUAACUACGCAUAUCAAUUACUUGUGGAUGAACUCCCAUUAUGGGCAAUGUUCGGUAAAAUGACGAGUAAUGGGCCUAUGAUUUAUCUUCACCGUAUUUUUCAUAUUGGUGUAAAUAACCAACAACUUGUUAAUGUUACUCUUGAAACAGGGCGACUUGAAAGUCUUCGUGCUGGUAAAGCCUAUGAAUUUACAUACUCUGUGCAGUUUUCUCCAUCUCUUAUAUUAUUUGAAAAUCGCUUUGCAAAAUACAUGGAUGAAGAUCUCUUUGAACCACGUAUUCGAUGGUUCGCUAUUGCUAAUUCAUUGUUACUAGCUGUUUUUCUUGUUAUUGUGGUCACAAUGAUUCUUUCCCGAGUAAUUCGUGCGGAUUAUCAACGUAUUGAACAUGAAUUGCGAAUGCGGGAUGAGGGAAAUGAUGAUCUUGUGGACAGUACAGGAUGGAAACAACUGUAUGCAGAUGUACACCGUGUUCCCUCCUUUCCGACCUUAUUAUGUGCGUUGGUCGGUACUGGUGUACAAUUAGCGGUUGUAUUUGUUUUGGGAGUUCUUACUGCGGCUUUAUACAGUUUUCGUCGUAAACCUACACAAGGGGCAGUAACUGUAGUAGCCGUUUCAUAUGCUUUUACAGGUAUUGUCGCGGGAUUUGUCUCAUCUGCACAAUUUCUACGGUAUGCAAUGUUAAGUCCUGUAUUAUCUAAGAAAUGGAUGCGAUGUAUGGAGUUUACCAUGUUCGUGUUUCCAUUAUUUCUUCUUUCAUGUGGAACGGUAACAAAUGUUUUGGCACACCUUUACGAAUCUGCUCAAGUUGUUCAUAUGGGUGGUAUUACUUUUCUUAUUGCGUUGCUUUUUCUUGGAUUCGGUCCAUCUGUGGUAGCUGGAACUCUCUUAGGACGAUAUGCAUAUAGGCGUUUAGCCUUAGCACCAAGAAGUCAUCGUGAUUUGCCGCAUGUAAAUCAAAUUCCUCGUCUUAUUCCUCCAGCACCUAAUGUGUUUUUAUCUACUACUGUUUUUAUUCUUCUUUGUGGGGCACUUCCAUUUGGAUCCAUUGUAUUUGAACUCUGUCUCGUCUUGAGUUCUAUUUGGUUAAACAAACUUUACUAUUUAUAUACCUUUUUAUUACUGACCUUUAUUAUCUUUUUGGUUGUUACCUGUUGUGUAUCUAUAGCCGCUACCUAUGUACUGUUAAACAUGGAAAAUCACCGUUGGCCGUGGGUGACAUUUGGAUUUGGUGCUUCUAGUGGACUCUAUGUGUUUUUAUACUCUCUUUACUUUUACACAUUCCGUACAGCAAUGAGUGGGCUAUUCAUUACUGUAUUUUACUUUACAUACUCCGCUACAUUGUCUGCGGCAGUGGCACUCACAGGGGGGUCAUUUGCGUUUCUCACCGCCUCACUAUUCAUUCGAAAGAUUUACGCCUUUGUGAAGUUAGAUUAG